CGCGUCCCCGAGUGCGCGGAAGAAGGUUCCUCCGGACCAUCCAGCAUAUCAGCCAUAUCCAUACCAUCAAUACCGGUCUUGACGGCUCCAAGCAUAUCAGCGUCACUCCUAGAGAUACGAUUGCCCGGUUCCCCGCAAGCCUGGCCCCACCGUGACGCCGCGGCAGGCCCGUUAGCAAGUGGACCUGCCAUCCCCCCUAAUCACCCGGAGCGAGUCCCGGCAGCGCCUACUCAGAUAAAGACGAAGCACAGCAUGCUCAGCACGUAUCCCAGAAGGUCUGAGAACCCCGAGGGCCCUCCGCCCCAUACCGCUCUUCUCAGCUUUGGAAUUCAUGACUUCGCAAACAUCGAGAAUUACGUAUCUCUACGAGUCAGCAUUCAACUCUACGAUAUCAGACUUACCUCUACACCGGCCCCACGCACCGUGGUCUGCCAUCCACGGCUUCUCCCCAGUCGCGUACCCCAACCCGAUGACCUUAGACCCACUGCCGGCACUUAAAUCAGAGGAUGCCUACCAGUUCCCGACGAAAGGAGAAACGGGCAGCCUGACGUGCAGCUCAAGCGGCGGGAGCAGCUUCGAGCCAACCGUCUACCCGAUGGGCUACUUUUCAGAGGAUGAGCAGCGACCUGUUACCGCCCGGGACCCUGAACCCCGGGAAGACUUGAUCCUAGCCCUGAUCAUGAUCACGAGGCAUCGAAUAGGUCAGGCAGUGAUCGUUGCUGACAACCAGACGGCUCAACGAGCUCUGCAAUACCCUGGCAGGCAGUCGGGACAAUAUCUCCGGGAGGUGAUUAUAGCAGCUCCGAAUAAAGCAAUGGAUGAGGGACUCACGGUGCGCUUCUGA